AUGCCCAAGCGCUGGCUGGCCUCAGGUGGGGUCAGCGUAGGCGCUCAGGCUCCGAGAGCCCUUGGCCUGGAUGCAGAAGCCAUCUUGGACUUUUCUGCAAGCCCAAGGAUUGCAGGUCUGCUCCUGGCUGUCUUGUUCACUGAUGACUUUAGCUUCAUCACCUUUUCAGUUCAUUUCUUACAGCAGGAUGUCCAGAAACAGCUCCCUAAAAUUAACAGGAGACAGAAGAAGACGGCCUCUCAUGCAGUGACGGAGCUGGAGAAUAGCAAGGAUUGCAGCCAGGCCGUGAAGCCUCUCUUCUGCCCUUCCCACCCCACAGAGGAGCUGAGGCUGUUCUGCGAGCAGUGUGACCAGCCUGUGUGCCGGGACUGCGUUGUGGACAGGCACCGGCAGCACCCUUGUGACUUCACCGGCAAUGUCAUCCACAGGCAUGGGGACGCCCUGCGGGAGCUGCUGAAAAGCACCCAGCAGCACAUGGGCACUCUAGAGGGUGUCUUGGGCCAGGUUGAUGACAUGGGCAGCGCUGUCCGCAGCCGCGCAGAAGCCGUGGCCACAGACAUCUGUGUCUUUGCCAGUGGGUAUGUAAAAGCAAUUGAAGAGCACCGGGACCGGCUGCUGAAGCAGCUGGAGGACUUGAAAGUGCAGAAGGAAAACCUUCUGCACUUGCAGAAGGCUCAGCUGCAGCAGCUGCUGCUGGACAUGAGGACAGGCGUGGAGUUCACGGAGCGCUUGCUGACGAGCGGCUCGGACCUGGAGAUCCUCAUCACCAAAGGGGUGGUGGCGAGCCGGCUGGCAAAGCUGAACAGUGUUGCUUACAACACCCACCCCAGAGUGGAUGACGGGAUCCAGUUCUCUCCCCACGAGAGGGCAGGGCAGUGUUGCGGCUUUGAAGUUUUUGGGGCCAUUCUCAAUAAAAUGGUUGAUCCAGCCAGAUGUACCCUGCUCGGGGAAGACCUCCACAGUGCACGUCAGAACCAGCUGACUGGCUUUACCCUGCUCUGUAAUGACACCAUGGGGGAGCGGAUGGGGCAAGGAGGAGAGGCUGUGCGGGUCACCAUCACCCACAGGGACAAGAGGGACUGUGCAGUCAAGCCAACAGUGUGUGAUAACGGUGAUGGGACCUACCAUAUUUCCUACAGCCCUGAGGAGCCAGGCUUGUAUGCUGUCUGUGUCUACAUGAAAGGGCAGCAUGUACAGGGCUCUCCGUUCACUCUAAUGGUGAGAAACAAAUUCCGCGAACACCGAGGCGUGUUUCACUGCUGCACCUUCUGCUCAAGCGGAGGGCAGAAAGCUGCUCGCUGUGCCUGCGGGGGGACCAUGCCAGGUGGGUACCAAGGCUGUGGCCAUGGACACAAAGGUCACCCUGGCUGCCCCCACUGGUCAUGCUGUGGACAAGUGAAGGAGAGCUCGGAGUGUUUGGGUGGGCCACCCAGUGACACCUCGCAGAGGGGUUUGCUCAGGACAGUGGCGCUCUGAGCAGCCAGGUGAGGCCCUGCGAGCCCAGGGCACGGCUGCUGGCUGCUGCACGAGCACAAACCACGGGGAUCCC